UUUAUGACGAUUUGAAAAUGGCGGCGAACGAUUCACCAGUUCAGCUAACUUUAUCGUAAAUUCACACAGAGAGGCUGUGCAAAGAACACAUCAUGUCCCCGCACUGUUGAAAACUUGGUAAAAAGACGUUAAGGGAAAGUACAUGUUAUUAAAAGAAGAGCAUUUGGACUGUUUUACGGUGAAGGUUUGGAUGCUUAGUUAGCGAAGUUCAUUGGAAAUAAUAACGGCCGCCGCUCAGUUUGAGACAACUUCAGCGCUCUGAACUGGAGCUAACGCUAGCGAGCUAACUAGCUCAGUCGUGUAGUGUAGUUUAACCCGUUUUAACUUCACGCUACCCGUUUCUCAUUUUAGGUGAAUUGUCAUGAUUGGGUUCUGAGGUAACGCAGUGGUAUACACAACGUUCGUAUGGAUAAGAAGCCGAGGCAGCGAUAUGUUUAAAUCGAAGUAAAAGCGAUAUCGCGAAAGCUAUGUGAGUGCUAGCCAGCUAACGAUUUUUUGUUUGGAGUAGAGCGAUGCUACGCUUUAGUGGAGGAUAGUUAUUUAGCUCUGCUAGCUAGCCAGUGUAAUUCAAAUAACCUAUUUCCAUGUGAAACGUUCAUGCGACUGGAAAAAUGUUUUGUUCUGUCAUGUGUUGUUACUAUGCUGUUAUAGCUAACGUUAUUAAAUAAAAUGUUACUUAGCUAAUAACGCUAAAUAAAGCUACCCAACAGUAGCAAACACACCAGCGUACAACUGUACCGCUAGCCAAGUUAGCUAGCUGACAGAAGGCGACCGUUUGCUCAGCCAAAUAAGUUUUAAAUAUUGUCAGCUUAAUGGUUUAAUUCGCUGUUGGAUGCGGUCACGCAAUGGUUUGGCGGUGUUUCGUCACGACACGUUUAGCGUAGCUACAGUCAGCUGGCGAGUGCGUGUUUGUAGCUGAACUUGCCCCGGUGUUGACAGACGCGAGUGUAGGCGUAGGUUGGUGCUUCUCUGGGAAUUAGAUUCUUUCCCUCUUGACAGUAUCUGGACAUGGACGAUUCUAAACCACGAUACAGCAAACGACUGCGGUCAGGCACGCGGCGACGUUACCAUGAUGAUGGGAUUUCUGACGAUGAGAUUGAGGGGAAGAGGACGUUUGACCUGGAAGAGAAGCUCCAUAGUGAUCGCUUCAGCUCUGACAGGGUGAAGCGCAUGGAGGGAAAAGACUUCACAUUUGAGUACAUCCAGAGAGCAGGGCUGAGGGACCCAAUUAUCUUUGAGAGACCUGAUGGACUUGGAAUCAAAAUGCCAGACCCUGACUUCAGUGUGAAUGAUGUGAAGACAUUUGUCGGCAGUCGGCGAAUGAUAGAUGUGAUGGAUGUUGCCACUCAGAAGGGCAUCGAGAUGUCUAUGGCUCAGUGGACGAGAUACUAUGAGACUCCAACUUCCCAGAGAGUGAAGUUGUACAAUGUCAUCAGUCUGGAAUUUAGUCACACCAAGCUAGAGAACUUGGUCAAGAGACCAGCCACGGUGGAUAUGAUUGAUUGGGUGGACAACAUGUGGCCGCGGCACCUGAAAGAAAGACAGAGAGACUCCACAAACGCCAUUAUAGACAUGCAGUACCCUAAAGUGCAGAAGUACUGUCUGAUGAGUGUCCAGGGCUGUUACACAGAUUUCCACAUAGACUUCGGUGGCACCUCUGUGUGGUACCACAUAUUGCGGGGAGGCAAAGUCUUCUGGUUAAUCCCUCCCACACCACAGAACUUGGAACUCUAUGAGAACUGGGUGUUAUCUGGGAAACAAGGGGACAUUUUUCUCGGUGACAAGGCUACAGACUGCCAGAGGAUUGAGCUCAAGCAGGGCUACACCUUCAUUAUCCCAUCAGGUUGGAUUCAUGCAGUUUAUACACCUGUAGACACUCUUGUGUUUGGUGGAAAUUUCCUACACAGCUUUAACAUCCCCACGCAGCUCAAUAUCUACAGCAUUGAGGACAGGACACGGGUGCCAGCUAAGUUCCGUUACCCAUUUUACUAUGAGAUGUGUUGGUAUGUGCUGGAGCGAUAUCUCUACAGUUUAACCAACACUUCCUACCUCAUCCCUGAGUUUCAGAAACACUCUUUGUGCAUUGGCCUUAAGCGAGAAGCUUCUAAUUGUGAUACCUUGAACGGCCAUGCAAAGGAAGAGGAGGAAGUUUAUGCUCCCUCUCCUCCAAGUCGGCCAGGGGUGAAAGUUCAUCUGACUCCUUUUGAGCUGGAGGGUUUGUGGAAUUUACUGGGAAAACUGGAAUCUCUACCCUCACACAAGAAGUGUGUCCCUGCAGGAAUACACAAUGCACCUGCUCUGCUACAUGAUAUAAGGGCAUUACUUAAAGAACAUGCUAAUGAUACCCCCAAACUCUCCUACACUGGAAGACCCAUUGUUAAAUGGCCAAAGAGGCCGUCAUGGUAUCAGCCUCCUCCUCCCCCUGCACCAGUAGGUCGUCCCAAAUUGGCCACCACUCCCAUCAUCCCGCGGCCAACGAAGCCGGCCUCUUCCAUGUCUGUGCUGCGGCGGCGACGAGUGCGCUGUAAGCGCUGUGAAGCAUGUCUGCGCACUGAAUGUGGUGACUGCAACUUCUGCAGAGACAUGAAGAAAUUUGGUGGCCCCGGCAAGCUGAAGCAGACCUGCGUCCUUCGCCAGUGUCUUGCGCCUGGCCUACCACUCUCAGCAGUGUGUGAAAUCUGUGAGGAGGGGAACCAGGAGACUGGAGAAGAACUCAUGGAGUGCUCCAACUGUGCCCAGAUUGCCCAUCCUGGCUGCCUAAAAGUGCCGGGAGAGGGUAUAGUAAACAAAGAUCUGCCAAGCUGCUGGGAAUGUCCCAAAUGUGUUAUGGGAAAAGACACAGAAUCCGAGUUGUCGGGCAGCGGUGAUGACAUCACGGCUCAGGAGGGGUCAGGGGGGCUGAGGGGCGAGGGUGGGGCGUGGCACGGGGUCGGGCGGCCCCCUUCCUCUCUCUCCCAUGGGUCGCUACGGAAACAGGUGGCGGCCCCAGAGCAGCAGCUCAGGAAGAGGAUGAAAUUGGAAGGAAGCAAAAUACAUAAACGCAAGUCUUCGUCACUGGAUCCUCGGGUGGCUAAGAUAUACCGGAGGCAUGGAAUGGAGAGAGAUGACGAUUCAGGUAGUGAUGAUGAGGAUGGAGAUGGAAGGCGGAAAACAUCACUCCAGUCAAGGAGUGGGGUGUCAGCUCGCCGUGGUUUUGGGACAAGUAAACGUGGUGUGUGGAGAAGCUCCUCCCAUCGAGGAGGAAGAGGGGUUGGUGGCAUGGCCACAAAUUCCACCUCGCUGAAAAUCAAGCGUGGACUUGCUGGGAGAGGUGAUCGCGGGAGGCGUGUUCGUUUACGAGGUGGGUCUAAAAUGCAGCGAAGGCGUUACGAAACAGAGGAUGAUGACGAUGAUGAUGAGGAGGAGGAAGAUGAUGAUGAUGAUGAUGAGGAAGAAGAUGAGAGCGAUGAAGACUGGCAAGUGAGCCGGUCAGAAAAAGAGCAUCGCUCCCGGCGUCGGCAGCGUAGAGGUGAAGAGGAUGAUGAGGAAGAUGACGAGGACGAGGAAGAUGAUAGCGAAGAACGAGACUUUGACGGUGAGGAUGAAGAGAUGGAGGAUCUGGAUGAUGGAGGUGAGGAAGAAGAGGAUGAUGAAGAGGGUGAGAACCAUUCAGACUCAGAAACUGACCCUCCUGUGUUGCUUGUCUCAGACUUAAAUGACGAACUGUUGAAUGGUUCUUAUCUGACGGUCACACUACAGCGCCCCCCAAAGGCCAAACGUGAUCCUGGUGCCAUUGUACCCAAACUGGAGGCUGCCAUGUCUCCUCGCACUCCUGGUUCUGCCGACUUCAUCCAGCGCAAAACCCUCCACAAGUAUCGGCACAAAAAUGGCAGCCCCCUCACCACUGACAACGGACUCUCCCAACCCAAAGCAGCCCUGUCAUCUGGCCGCCCCAAGCGCGCAAACAACGACGGCAGAGAAAGAGACACAGCUUCUCCUUCAUCCACCUCCUCUCGCUCUUCCAUUUCUCCUCCUCCUCCUCCUAUGUCUACCACAAGCUCCUCUCCUCCAGCUCUUCUCUCUCAUCCCUCAUUCCGGGAUGUGGGUAACGAGCCAGGGUGUGAGAAGGAAGUGUGGGUGUCUGUGUUUCGCUACCUGAGCAGAACGGAACUGGCUGUGUGCAUGCGGGUCUGCAAGGCCUGGUACAAAUGGAGCUUUGAUAAACGUUUGUGGAAUCGCAUAGAUCUGAGUCGGUGUCGCUCACUGAGUGCGCAGGCUGUGUCAGCCAUCAUCAAACGCCAGCCUGUCACACUUGACCUUUCUUGGACCCCUGUUUCCAAGAAACAGAUCACCUGGCUCAUCCACCACCUCCCAGGUUUAAAGGAUCUGAUUAUGUCUGGCUGUUCAUCUUCAUGCGUUUCGGGCUUGAGUUCUCAGAGUGGUCCAUGUCUGCGCACACUGGACCUGUGCUGGGCUGAAGGUGUUAAAGAGUCUCAGCUUAAAGACCUUAUCGCACCAUCAGGCAGUGAAAAUCGCAGCAGGCUGAGAAGUUUGCUCUCAUUGAGGUUGUCUGGUCUGGAUGUGAGUGACUCCAUUUUGAAGCUGAUAAUCAGACACAUGCCGCUGCUGAAGAGGUUAGACUUGUCCCACUGCCACGACCUCACGGAUCAGUCCGUCAGCAUGCUCACAGCCAGCGGAUCCAACAUGCGCACCACUCUCAAAGAGGUCAACCUUGCAGGGUGUAAUAAGCUUACAGAUGCCUGUCUGUCCUAUAUGAAGCGACUGUCUGCUCUCACUUUAUUGGACUUGAGAAGCUGUAAAGGUGUGACGCGGCGUGGCUGUGAGAACUUCAUUUCGGACCUCUCUUACUGCACCUUCUUCUGCUUGACUGAGGACAAACUUAUCCAGAGAAUAUCUUAACACAGAGACACACACACACAGAUACACACAUGUGCUCUCACACAGCUGUGCUCUACGGGCUCCAUCAUAGUGCUCCGACAAGAUUCGAGCUCCCUCACGCAGUCUGGUUGGGAGGGUUGAUGGAUGGACAGAGGCCGCGCCCCUGGAAAGAGGAUGACAGCACAGAGUCUGAUGAGAGUGAUGUUCUUUUGUGCAGUUUGACUAUCGGGAGUCCAGGCAUUCAGGAUCAUCCAAAAUGACUUCUAAAGAAGAUGACAAGGCUCAUGGACUUGAAUCUGAAAUCAAGACGUAUUAGAUCCAAAUUAGCUAGGAUUCUGUGGAUGACCUAGAGGAGUCUGACCUCUGAGUGUAGUCAGAAGAGGUUUUAAAAUGUUACCACAGAUGAGGCUAUUUCAGAUAUGGUUCUUAUAUCGUCAACCAGCAUUACCAUUGCAAAGGAACCAAGCUUGGUGUAACAUGACAUUUAGCCUACAAAAUUCUGUAGGACAAAGGAGGCCAAAGCAUGCACUUACUUGAGUGCCAGCAGAAAUUCAACUCAACGCAAAUGUCUUGAGCCUACAGCCCCAAAUGGUCUCUCAUACAGACACACAUGCACAUUAUUUCCUUAUCUGUUCUUUUCUGUCCUCUGAUGUGCACCAGUUUCACGCCAGUCAAGCUUUGAGGUCUUGGCUUUCUUUCUCAGCUUUCACCAACCUGCUUUACUGAAUUUCAUCUGGUUCUAUCUGGGCCAUGUCUCUUUCCCUCUUGGUUUCACUUUCUGUAAAAUUCUUUUUCCCUUUUUCAUAUGGCUUUAUUUUCCUGUUUGUUGCUUUCCUCUUGUAUCACCAUCUUCCUCUCUGUACAUUUGCUGUUUUUUCAUAGUGUGCAUCUUUAUUUUCCUUCAGAAACAGUGCAGUCUGUAGUAACUUUUUUUUUUAAGAAAAAUAAAUACACACUUCAUCCAAGAUUGUUGUUUAAGUAUAAGUACUUUUACUGUUACGCUUAUUGAUGCAAGGUUUAUUUUAGAUGUAUUUGGACAGAAAAAUGCAGUGCAAGUACUGAAACAUAUUCAGUAGAUAUUUCAGGGAGGUAAAUAUUCGAACAGCUUUAAAUGAAUGCUCUUACAAGGUUACACUUGGUUUUUCUAUCUACUCUACCCCUUACAAAGGCCAAAACUGCCCCAAGGAUUACUUUCUCUGAAGUAAUUUUUUAUUAAUCAAUGAAUUGGGUAACAAGCAGAUCACUGACACUUCUGAAAGGUGCAAGUUAAAUGUUGAAUUUUUGGACAGCGCAAUAGGCAAUAAACUGUGUGAGUGAAAGAGAGGAAACAAAAUGUGUUCUGCAUUGCUUUUCUGCUCAUUCUGAAAAUCUAAGAGACAAAUAUGAAGUCAAUAAAAGGGUUCUUUUUAA